AUGCAGUGUGUUGAUUUGUUUCAGGAGAAGCUCAAAACUGCACUGAAGCCCCUACAGGAGAAACUGAAGAUCUUUAAUGACUGUAAACUGAACUGGAGUCAGACUGCAGAACAUAUAAAGAUUCAGGCCCGACACACAGAGCGUCAGAUUAAGGAGGAGUUUGAGAAGCUUCACCAGUUUCUACGAGAUGAAGAGGCAGCCAGGAUCAUUGCACUGAGAGAGGAAGAGGAGCAGAAGAGUCAGAUGAUGAAGGAGAAGAAUGAGAAGCUGAGCAGAGAAAUAUCAUCUCUUUCAGACACAAUCAGAGCCACAGAAGAGGAGAUGAGAGCUGAAGACGUCUCAUUAUUACAAAACUACAAGGCCACAGUAAAAAGAGCCCAGAGCACACUGUGGUAUCCAGAGGAGCUUUCAGGAGCACUGAUCCAUGUGGCCAAACAUCUGGACAACCUGAAGUUCAGAGUCUGGGAGAAGAUGCAGCACACUGUCUAA